GCGUGGCCGCCGGCCGGCUAUAUUAGGCCGAACUCACGGCACGGAACCAAAGAGCACAAGAAAACACCAACGGAAAAGCCAACCAGGAUGCAGAUUUUUGUGAAGACGCCAACGGGGAAGACGGUGAUCCUCGAGGUCGAGAGGACGGACACCAUCGGCAACGUGAAGGCCAAGAUCGAUGGUGAGGAAGGUGUGUCGCCGGAGCAGCAGCGGCUCAUCUUCGGCGGGAAGCCGCUGGAGGACGACCGCAGCCUGGCCGAGUACGACGUCCACAAGGACUCCACUCUCCACCUGCUGCUUCAUCUGCCCGGCGGAAAGGCAAUCGGGAUGCAGAUCUUCGUGAAGACGCCGACAGGGAAGACGGUGACCCUGGAGGUCGAGAGCACCGACACCAUCGGCAACGUCAAGGCCAAGAUUGACGGCAAGGAAGGCUUGUCUCCGGAGCAGCAGCGGCUCAUCUUCGGCGGGAAGCCGCUGGAGGACGACUGCAGCCUGGCCGAGUACGACGUCAACGAGGACUCCACUCUUCACCUGCCGCUUCGUCUGCCCGGGGGCAUGCAGAUCUUCGUGAAGACGCCGACGGGGAAGACGGUGACCCUGGAGGUCGAGAGCACCGACACCAUCGGCAGCGUCAAGGCCAAGAUCGACGGCGAGGAAGGCUUGUUACCGGAGCAGCAGCGGCUCAUCUUCGGUGGGAAGCCGCUGGAGGACGACCGCAGCCUGGCCGAGUACGACGUCCACAAGGACUCCACUCUGCACCUGCUGCUUCACCUGCCCGGGGGGUUUCGCGGCGGCAGGGUUUGGUGCAUCGAAGACAGCCUCAGAGACCUCGCAGAAGACUACAACGUAAACAAGAAGAUCUGCUGCAAGUGCUAUGCUCGGCUACCUCUUAGAGCUACAAACUGUCGCAAGAAAAAGUGUGGCCACAGCAACCAGCUGAGGCUAAAGAAGCCCUGGAGGAACUUCUACUGAAGCUAGCGUCAGGUAGGCGCCACUGAAUCGACCAAUCUCUCAGUGCUAGCUAAUUAUGUAGUUAUGGCCAAGGUUUUGGUUACUGAACGAGGCAAUUUUACCGAGGGUGAUGGGUAAACGUGGUUACCACGGUUACUGGGAAAUACCGAGAAUAUUUUGAACGAAUUUUAUAGUUGAAUUUUGAAUUCAAAUAAAUAAAUGAACGAACAUUCGAACCAGAGACCUGUCAAAACAGGAACUAGGUUGCUACGAACACGUCAGAAUCAAGUCUAAUGGCAUUAAUUAGAUCCUAUACACUUUACUACAAAUGGAGUUUUUAAAUUCAAAAAUUUUUAAAAUGGUAUUUUUUGGUCGGUAUGAGGAUUUAUCGAGGGGCACAGAAAUAUGCAGUAACCAUGGGAAAUCUUGAAAUUUCGACCGGUAACCAAAAUCUUGGUUAUGGCAAUUCAGAAUUGGAGGUUUAAAUUGUACAUGUGACGCCCGGGUAAUCAAGCUACAGUAACCCUCUGGUAAUGAUGCCAUGUCACCUCGAUUACUGUUGAU